CUCUGGUUUCCGGGUUUAGUUGAGCUAACUUGGGCUCGAGCCACUGUUUAUUUUGUUCACUUUCGAUUGCUUUUCUGUUCACUUUUGGACAGUUAAGUGCGCGUUUCGUGUCUUCUGUCGCCUACUCAUGAUUAGGCUGAUGCUGUGGGAACCCAUGAAGAAGAUUUGCACAACAGCAUAGAAGCCAAAAGAGUCACAGGCGACACAUAUUUCCUGGAUCACAAGAUGCCGCUGCAGUUUUUUGGGGCAAAAUAUUAGCAACAAAAGAAAACUGAAAUUUCAUCAGCAACUUAACAACAUGAGAGAAACUUCUUUGGCAAUGUCUGAAAAAGGGAAACGAAAAAUGGAACGGGGGAAAAGGCUGAGGCAGAACAGUGGUAUGGAGUCUGCUAUGACUCAGUGUGAGCACAGAGAGGAAGGAGCCUCUAAAACCGGUCGGUGUGGGUGCUGUGACAAACAUACCGAAGCUCAGAGAGGGAGGCAACGAAGCUCAGAGGUUGAAGGUGCUCCAGCUGCUCGGCGGCCAAUCAGGCUGAAAGACAUAGCUAUGCUUCGAGAAGACAAGCUUCUCUCAUAUGUUAAAAGUGAGCUGAAGAGGAUCCGCAAGGUACUACUGACAAAUGAACCAGUCUUCUUGGAGAGUCAGAGUACAGAUGAUGAAGGGGGGGACGGCAGCGAGGAAUAUGAGGAUUUGAAGAUGGACAGCAGAAGGGCUUUUGCCAACCUCGCAAUGAGUUUCCUGAAGAAUAUGAAUCAGGAGGAAUUGGCUGAGUGUCUACAGAACAGAACUCGUGCUGAGCUUUGCCGGCAUAGACUUAAAAGUAACUUGAAGCACAUGUUUCAGUGUGUGUCUGAGGGGCUCUCCAACACCGGACAGGCGACUCAUCUGGAUGACCUCUACACACCGCUCUACAUCACAGAGGGCGGGGCUUCAGACGUCACUGAUGAACAUGAGGCCAGACUGAUUGAAACAGCACCCAGGAAAACCGAAACAAAAGAAACAACUUUCACAUAUGACAACAUCUUCAAAGCCUCAGCUCAUACACGGCAACCAAUCAGAACAAUAUUGACAAAGGGCGUGGCCGGCAUCGGGAAAACUGUCUUAACACAGAAGUUCAUUCUGGACUGGGCUGCAGGUCAUAUUAACAAGGAUAUCCACUUCUUAUUCCCAUUGUCUUUCAGAGAGCUGAAUGUGCUGAAAGACAAAAAGUUCAGCUUGGUGGAACUUCUUCAUCACUUCUUUCCUGAAACUAAAGAAGCAGGAUUCUGCAUUUUGCAAGAAUUUAAGGUCACUUUUAUCUUGGAUGGUCUGGAUGAGUGUCGCCUCCCUCUGGACUUCCACAGCAGUGACAUCCUGACUGAUAUCACAGAGUCGAGUUCAGUGGAUGUUCUGCUGACAAACCUCAUCAGGAGGAACCUGUUACCCUCUGCUCGCCUCUGGAUAACUACACGACCUGCAGCAGCCAAUCAGAUCCCUCCUGAGUGUGUCGACAUGGUGACAGAGGUCAGAGGCUUCACAGACCAUCAGAAGGAGGAGUACUUCAGGAAGAGAUUCAAAGACAGAAAACAGUCCAGAAGAAUCAUUUCCCACAUCAAGAUGUCACAUGGUCUCCACAUCAUGUGUCACAUCCCAGUCUUCUGCUGGAUCACGGCUACAGUUCUGGAGGACAUGUUGGAAAGCAGUGAUGGACCAGAUUUCCCCAAACCAACUGAGAUGUACAUCCACUUCUUGGUGGUUCAGUCCAAACUUAAGGAGAUGAAGCAUGAUGGAGGGCCUGAGACAGAUCCUCGCUGGAACAAAAAAGGCAGGAAGAUGAUUGUGUCUCUGGGAAAACUGGCUUUUGAGCAGCUGCAGAAAGGGAACCUGAUCUUCUAUGAAUCAGACCUGACAGAAUGUGGCAUCGAUAUCAAAACAGCCUCAGUCUACUCAGGAGUGUUCACACUGAUCUUUAAAGAGGAGACAGUUCUUUACCAGGACCAAGCAUUCAGCUUCACCCACCUGAGUGUUCAGGAGUUUCUGGCUGCUUUUUAUGUCCAUCUGACCUUCAACGAGUCUUCCGUCAAUCUGCUGUCAAAAGACCAAACAACAUCCAGAAGGUCUAAAAAAUUGAAAGAUAAACCUCUGCUCACACUUCUUCACCAGAGUGCUGUGGAUGAGGCCUUACAGAGUCCAAAUGGACACCUCGACCUGUUCCUGCGCUUCCUUCUGGGUCUUUCCGUGAAGACACAUCAAAUUCUCUUGCGAGGUCUGAUGACACAGUCAGACAGGAUCUCAGAGAACAAUCAGAAGACAAUUGACUACAUCAAGAAGAAACUCAGUGAAGAUCUCUCUGCAGAGAAAAACAUAAUUCUGUUCCACUGUCUGAAUGAACUGAAGGAUUCUUCAGUGGUAGAUCAGAUCCAACAGUACCUGAUGUCAGGAAGCCUCUCCAGAAAAAAACUGUCUCCCACUCAUUGGUCAGCUUUGGUCUUCAUCUUGCUGUCUUCAGAAAAAUGUCUGGAGGUUUUUGACCUCAAGAAAUACUCUGCUUCACAUGAGACUCUUCUGAAGCUGCUGCCAGUGAUCAAAGCAUCUAAAAAAGCUUUUUUAUCUAUCUGUAAACUAUCAGAGAAAAGCUGUGAAGUUCUGUCAUCAGUUCUCAGCUCUCAGUCCUCCAGUCUCAGAGAACUGGACUUGAGUCACAACGAGCUGCAGGAUUCAGGAGUGACACUGCUUUGUGGCGGACUGGGAAGUCCACACUGUAAACUGGAAACUCUCAGGCUGAGUGUCUGUGAUCUGUCAGAGAGGAGCUGUGAAGUUCUGUCAUCAGUUCUGCAAACUCAGUCCUCUAAACUGAGAGAACUGGACCUGAGUAACAACCAGCUGCUGGAUUCAGGACUGAAGCUGCUGUCUGCUGGACUGCAGAGUCCACAUUGUAAACUCGAAAGUCUCAGGCUGAGUUUGUGUGAUCUGUCAGAGACAAGCUGUGAGUUCUGGGCCUCAGUUCUCAGCUCUCAGUCCUCUCGUCUGAAAGAACUGGACCUGAGUAACAACGAUCUGCAGGAUUCAGGAGUGAAGCUGCUGUCUGCUGGACUGGAGAGUCCACACUGUAAACUGAAAACAUUCAGGAUGUCGGGCUGUCUGAUCACACGUGAAGGCUGUGCUUCUCUGGCCUCAGCUCUGAUCUCCAACCCCUCCUGUCUGAGAGAGCUGGACCUGAGCUACAACCAUCCAGGAGACACAGUGAAGCUGCUGUCUGCUGGACUGGAGGAUCCACUCUGGACUCUGGACUCUCUCAGGGUGGAUCCUGGUGGAGUCCAGUGGUUGAGACCAGGUCUGAGGAAAUAUUUCUGUGAACUCACACUGGAUGAAAGCGCAAUGAACCGAAAUCUAAAGCUGUCUGACAACAAUACAAAGGCGGAACACGUGGAAGAGUCUCCAUCAGGCCCUGAUCAGCCAAAGACAUUUGACCUUUGCCUUCAAGUCCUGUGUACAACUGGUCUGACUGGUCGCUGUUACUGGGAGGUGGAGUGGAGAGGAAACGUUGAUAUUGUGGUGACCUACGCAGCAAACGGCAGCAGAGGAGACAGUGAUUACUGUAGGUUUGGACUAAAUGAUCAGUCCUGGAGUCUAUCCUGUUGUGAUGCCUAUCGCUACUCCGUCUGUCACAACAACAAAGAGAUAUUCCUUCGCCGAUCCUCUUCGCCCACUCACAGAGUUGCGGCGUUCGUGGACUGUCCUGCUGGUAUGCUGUCCUUCUAUGAAGUGGCUGCCGAUUCUCUGAUCCACAUCCACACCUUCUGCUGCACCUUCACCGAACCUCUCUACGCUGGCUUUGGGCUGUGGUUUGGUUCUGGCUCCUCUGUGUCUCUGUGUCGCCUGUAGGAUGAAAUGUCUGGUUUGAUUUUGAUUUCUCAACUUCUCUGUAAAUGCAGCGUGUAAGCUGACAUGAUUUUCAGGAUUGAGGGUUUUGUUUGGUGAAAGGAAAAAUAAGCAGUCCAGCUGUU